AUGGCGAUGCUUUCGACAGAGGAAGCCAGCAAAUUGUUGGACUUUUCUCAGAAGCUUGACAUCAGCUUACUAGACAAGAUUGUAGAAUGCUUGUAUACGUCGCAAGGGGAGCAGUUGCGUCUAGCACAAGACAUUCUUACAACGUUGCGUGAGCAUCCAGAUGCAUGGACACGAGUCGACAGCAUACUAGAAUUUUCUCAAAAUCAGCGAACCAAAUUCUAUGCACUGCAAAUACUUGAAGAAGUAAUUAAAACUCGCUGGAAAAUUUUGCCCCGCAACCAGUGCGAGGGAAUCAAAAAAUAUGUUGUUGGUCUUAUUAUUAAAACAUCCUCAGACCCCGAAACAAUGGAGGCAAAUAAAGUAUACUUAAACAAGUUGAAUUUGAUAUUGGUUCAGAUAUUGAAACGUGAAUGGCCUCGUAAUUGGGAAACAUUUAUUAGUGACAUAGUAGGCGCUUCAAAGACAAACGAAAGCCUUUGCAAGAAUAAUAUGGUUAUUUUGAAAAACCUUAGUGAAGAGGUUUUUGAUUUUUCUGCUGGACAAAUAACUCAAAUGAAGGCUAAGCAUUUGAAGGAUACCAUGUGCUCUGAAUUUUCCCAAAUAUUUCAACUUUGUUCAUUUGUUUUGGAAAGUUCCAUGAAUGCGCCACUAAUUCAAGUUACUUUGGAGACACUACUCCGAUUCCUCAGUUGGAUACCAUUGGGUUAUAUAUUUGAAACAGCAUUAAUUGAAACACUGAUUUAUAAGUUUUUAAGUGUACCAAUGUUUCGAAAUGUUACACUGCAGUGCCUCUCUGAGAUUGCAGGCCUUUCAGUGCCCGAUUAUAAUGAAAAUUUUGCGAGAAUGUUCAAAGAUACGAUGGUGCAAUUAGAUCAAAUGAUUGGACAAAAUCCCAAUAUGAGUCAUAUUUAUGCUAAUGGUAGCAGCACCGAACAAGUAUUUGUUCAAAAUUUAGCAAUGUUCUUGUGUACAUUCCUAAAGGAACAUGGUAAACUUGUAGAGGACGUCAAAUAUAUCGACUAUUUAAAUCAGGCUCUACUUUAUUUGGUAAUGAUAUCCGAAGUCGAGGAUGUUGAAGUGUUCAAAAUUUGUAUGGAAUACUGGAAUAAUCUCGUUGAGGAUCUCUAUAAUAGCGAAACAUUUGUGGGCGCUACAACGCAUAUUACUCAAUCUGAUGCAGUCUCAUUAGCUAAACGUAAUGUUUUUCCUCGACGUCGCUUCUAUGGCAAUAUCUUAUCUAAAGUUCGUUAUAUCAUGAUUUCGAGAAUGGCUAAACCAGAAGAAGUACUUGUUGUCGAGAAUGAAAAUGGCGAAGUAGUUCGGGAGUUUAUGAAAGAUACUAAUGCCAUUAAUUUGUAUAAGAAUAUGCGUGAAACGCUCGUAUUCCUUACUCAUUUGGAUUAUGCUGAUACCGAACGCAUAAUGACAUUAAAGUUAAUGAAUCAAGUUAAUGGUACUGAGUUCUCAUGGAAAAAUCUUAACACGCUUUGUUGGGCUAUAGGAUCGAUAUCAGGUGCUUUCUGCGAAGAAGACGAAAAACGUUUCCUCGUUACAGUUAUAAAAGAUCUACUUGGCUUGUGCGAACAAAAGAAGGGUAAAGAUAAUAAGGCUAUCAUAGCCUCGAAUAUAAUGUAUGUAGUUGGACAGUAUCCACGUUUUCUGCGUGCUCAUUGGAAAUUUCUUAAAACUGUUGUGAACAAACUUUUCGAAUUUAUGCACGAAACGCACGAUGGCGUGCAAGAUAUGGCUUGCGAUACAUUCAUAAAAAUUGCCAUCAAAUGUAGACGCUACUUUGUGACCAUACAGCCGAAUGAGGCAUGUACCUUCAUCGAUGAAAUAUUAAGCACCAUGAGCAGCAUAAUUUGUGACUUGCAGCCUCAACAAGUGCACACGUUCUAUGAAGCAGUUGGCUACAUGAUAUCUGCACAGGUGGAUCAAGUACAGCAGGACGCCUUAAUUGAGAAAUACAUGUACUUGCCAAAUCAGGUUUGGGAUGAUAUUAUCUCGCGUGCCUCUAAGAAUGUGGACUUUCUCAAAAAUAUGACAGCUGUAAAGCAGUUGGGCAGCAUUUUGAAGACGAAUGUGGCCGCCUGUAAGGCUUUAGGGCAUGCCUACGUAAUACAGUUGGGACGCAUAUAUCUGGAUAUGCUUAAUGUCUAUAAAAUAACAUCUGAAAACAUAAUUCAAGCGAUUGAAGUUAACGGUGUCGUUGUAAAUAACCAACCGCUUAUCAAAUCAAUGAAUGUUGUAAAGAAAGAGACUUUGAAUCUAAUAUCGGAAUGGGUAUCACGUUCUAAUGACAAUCAAUUGGUUAUGGAUAACUUUAUACCGCCACUACUCGAUGCUGUUUUGUUAGAUUAUCAGCGUUGUAAAGUGCCGUCUGCCAGAGAACCAAAAGUGCUUAGCUCAAUGGCCAUAAUUGUGCACAAACUCCGAAAUCACAUCACAAACGAAGUACCAAAAAUAUUCGAUGCCGUCUUUGAGUGCACUCUCGAUAUGAUUAAUAAGAAUUUCGAAGAUUAUCCACAACACCGCACCAGCUUUUAUGAGCUACUGCAAGCCGUCAAUGCGCAUUGCUUUAAAGCAUUUCUCAAUAUUCCACCGGCACAAUUCAGGCUUGUGUUCGAUUCCGUUGUAUGGGCUUUUAAACACACAAUGCGUAAUGUUGCUGACAUGGGUUUGAACAUCUUAUAUAAGAUGUUGCAAAAUUUGGAACAACAUCCACAGGCAGCGCAGAGUUUCUAUCAAACAUAUUUUACUGAUAUUUUAAUGCAAAUAUUCUCCGUUGUCACUGAUACUUCGCACACAGCUGGCCUCGCCAAUCAUGCCACAAUAUUAGCAUAUAUGUUCUCAUUGGUGGAGAAUAAUAAAAUUACGGUUAGUCUUGGCCCAAUACCAGACAACACCAUUUUUAUACAAGAGUAUGUGGCCACUUUACUGAAAUCUGCUUUCAAUCACUUAACUGAUAACCAGAUAAAGGUCUUUGUUACUGGCCUUUUCAAUUUGGACGAAAAUGUGCAAGCAUUUAAAGAGCAUUUGAGAGAUUUCCUUAUACAAAUUAGGGAAAUAACUGGUGAGGACGAUUCCGACUUAUAUCUAGAAGAGAGAGAGGCAGCACUGCGCGAGGAGCAGGCUAAUAAACGUCUGAUGCAGCGUAAUAUACCUGGUAUGUUGAAUCCGCACGAAUUGCCGGAGGAUAUGCAGGAUGAGUAAAUAAUAAUAACAAAAAAAAAAAAAAACAA